AUGGUUGUGGCCAUGAGAAGAACUCGAACGAGGUUUCCUGAUGUACUUAUUAUGCAUGGUGGUGGCCAUGUGGAGGGAAGUUACAUGUGGCGUGCUAGAGCUAUGGCAAAUAGGAGGAGGAGGAAUAAUGCUGGGGUUAAUGAGAUCGCGCAGGCGAUACAUCGGAUGGUAGAUGUGAUGCAGCCCAUUGCAAUGCAACCUCGAGCCGUGGUAGCACCCACACGUCCGGUGUCGAUGGAGGAUUUUAUGAGGCAUAAGCCCUCAAAAUUUGCGGGCAAAUCUUCUCUAGAUGAAGUCGAUGCUUGGCUUAAAGAGUGCGAGAAAAUCUGUCGGGUGAUUGAUUGCACAGAUGCCCAGAAGCUCUCAUUCAUAUCUUUCCUGUUGAUAGCUGAUGCGGAAUACUGGUGGGCAGGCAUGCAGCAACUCAUGCAGACUCGGGGUGAAGAGGUUACCUGGACUUCCUUCAGGGAGAGAUUUCUGGAAAAAUAUUUUCCAACCAGUGCCAGGCAUGAGAGAGAGGCGGAAUUCCUCAUGUUCCAGCAGGGGAACCUGACUGUGCAGGCAUACACAGACAGGUUUGAAUAUUUGGCCAGGUUCUACACACCUACUGUUACCGAGGAGUGGAGGUGCCGAAAAUAUGAGGGCGGGCUGAAACACGAGCUGCGCCGCUUUAUUGUACCUCUCUGGAUCCGGGAGUUCCCAGUUUUGGUGGAGCAGGCCAAGGCUGUAGAGCAGCUGGAGAUGGGGCCCAGCAAAGGGGCUCGACCACAUAAGACUACCUCUGAUUCACGGCAGCAGAAGAAGCCGUAUGAUAGGCCACAAAGCUCGGCUAAGAAACUACAGUGCUACAACUGUGGUGAGGAGCAUUAUCGGAGGGAUUGUCCAAAACCCUCAGGCAGUUCCAGUGGUGGUGGUGGUGGUAGCACUGGCAAGUGCUACGAUUGUGAUCAGACGGGCCAUUUUGCACGACACUGCUCGAAUAAGAAACCAACUAGAGGUGCAUUAGCGAAGAAACCAGUAGGGGAUCGACCUAGAGCCCCUGGUCGUGUUUUUGCCUUGACGACUACCAAGGCCGCCCAGUCAGGUAACCUAGUGCAGACUACUUGUUUUUUAGUUGACCAUGAGGUUGUUGUGCUGUAUGACUCAGGAGCUACCCAUUCAUUCGUAUCCAAUGAAUGCGUGAGGAGGCUCGGUCUAAUGAUGCGAGAGCUGGCGUGCGAGUUAAUUGUUGCGAUUCCAGCGUCUGGAGAGGUAUCCACCACGUCUGUUUGUUGA